GUCUUGUUUGUCUCCAGCAAGGCAGGUUUCACCAUCGAAUACCUCAAGUACCACGAAGAGCUCCUUUUCCGAGGACAAGUCGCAACGCGUGCCACGGCAUACGCAUACAAUGCAGUGUUCUCUGAACACUUUGGCCAUGUGGAGCACUGGUUCCGCCAGUUGCACGAAACAGCCCUGUUCUACUAUUUGGCCUUGAAGGAGCUUGAACAGAUCGGCUUGCACAUGGAAAUCGAAAUUGACAAUGAAUUGUCAGAUA